UGUUAUUUUCAUACCCGUUGAAUCAGUUUGACUGUAAACAACAACGUGUUUUAUUUUCCCUCAGUAAUAAAUAAAUAAAUUUAAAAAUCUUAUUUGAAAAAUAAAUUUAAAAAUGCCUCAUAAAUCAGACGAUCCUCGUCAAGUCCUGGCAGUUUUGAAUUCGCUGGGAUUUGUUGGUAUCACAGCAGAACAAUUAAAAGCAUUUAUGAAAGAUUUAAAACUUUUGCGUAAAAUAAAAGAACGCGAGCGUCGUGAGCAGCAAGAAGAAUUAAAGAAAAAAAUUUUUUACAAACAUCAAAAAGCAUUGGGAGUUAUGUUGAAUGACGUUCCCAAUGAUAAUAAUUCAUCAGAUGAUUCAAUUGUUAAAAUAAAAAUAAAUUAUGUCUCGGAAUCGGAUUCUGAUGAUAAUGAAGAUGAUAAAUCAUUGCAAUUGCGUAGAAGGUUUGAGUCUCCAAGUCCACAUAGAAGACAAGAAAAAAGAGUCAAUGGAAUAAAAAAAAUUCCAUCAGCGAGAUCUGAUAAUAGAAAAGACCGAACUCCUGAAAGACCUAAAGGUUAUCGUGAAGAGAAACGUAAACCAAAUGAAGAAACUGAUUCACUUCCAGAACGUGCUGCCAGUGCACCCGAAUUAUCUGGCCAAUUAUCGCGACGAUCAAGAUCUAAAAGUGUCGCCUCUGACUCAACUAAAACCACUGGAGGAAUUCUAAGAAAUUCUUCCAGAAGUUUGUCUCGAACGCGACCCAAAACAUUUAUCAGGCCAUGGAAAUUGCAGUCAGAAGCUUCACGUUUCCCACAAAAAUCUAAAUCAGAUCCUGUGAUGCUCUAUCACAAGUAUCAGAAAGAAUGGAAACAAUUUUCGUUUCUUCAAGAUAAUAAACAUGCUAACGUCAGGUGGGCGAUACGUGAAAAAAUGCUCGGUGCUGAUCCAACACCACGGCCAAUUUUGAAAAAAUCCGGGAGUUCCAUGAGUGUUAAAAAAAGUCCAUGAUUUUUACUACAGAUCUUUGUAAUUUAAAAAUGAAGUUGUUGAUGUAAUUCAAUUUUUUAUCUUUAGUUACUUAAGAUUGUUGAAAUAUCUUGACAGUAUUUAAUUUUUUUAAAUUCAUUAAUUAAUUAAAUUUAAUUUUUAAAUCUGUGUAAAAAUAGAAGCAAUAAAAUAAACUGUAUUAUAAUUUAAAUGUAAUUAAAUUUAACU